GUGAAGAAUUUGGGUACAGAAACUCAAGUGGGACGCAAGAAGCUAUAAUACACACUCUCGCAAGGUAUAGACGCCAAUCUACACAAUGCAAAGACAGUGAAAUUACCUGUAGUUCUGGAGGGUGCGUUUCAGAAGAAAGUGAGUGCGAUGGAAAGCCAGACUGCCAAGAUGGUUCUGACGAAGGCAACUGUGCAAAUUUUCAAUGCACAUCCAAUUUAUUCAGAUGUGCUUAUGGCGCUUGUAUAAAGAGGAGUGCAAUGUGUGAUGGAAAGAAGGACUGUAUGGAUAAUUCUGAUGAAACGUCGUCAUUAUGCAUUCGUGCUACAACUAAAGCAUCAGUCUGUGGGAGUGGCCAAUUUCAGUGUGACUCAAACGACUGUAUAAGUGAAGAAAAGUUGUGUGAUGGCAAAGCUGAUUGCCCAGACAGUUCUGAUGAGACACCGAAAGCAUGUUCAGAAUUGCCAUGUAAUCCGCGCAUAUUUUUCCGGUGUGAUUAUGGAGCCUGUUUGGCCAAAAGUGUAAAGUGCAACAAGGUUAAGGAUUGCUUUGACGGAUCCGAUGAAAGAAACUGCCCAAUAACAGUAGUGACUCCACCAACAAUUGUAACUCCAACGCCAAUUACAAAGAAGCCAACACCAUCGCUUAAACCAACAGAACCACCACCACCAGGUGCUUGUUUAAUCCCUAAUCAUCCGAACAAUGGAGAGUAUAGACUUGGUCUAGAAAAGGCAACGCCUGGAGAAUAUGCCCCAAUGUACAAAGCUUUAGUCUUGAAAUGUAAAGAACCUCAAUAUAAGCCCUAUCCUCCUACGCUUGGUAUAAGAGCAGUUCUACCAUAUUGCAUAGAUGGAAAAUGGUUUCCAACCCCACCUACUUGUGCACUUGCAUGCAGCCCAUUACUGUCCACAACAACAACAAAAGUUACAUGUAAACAUGGUGACAAAAUUUUGGAUAAUUGUGAUAAUCCUGUCCAGAAUACUGUUGCGGUCGCAGAAUGUGAAUCGUUUCAUGAAAUGCCAGAAGUCUCUCUUAAUCCAGAUAUUGUUUGCAAAGAUGGAAGUUGGGAUUAUCCUGUUCCACAAUGCCUUCCAGUGUGUGGUGACAAACGCGCCAAGGGCGUAGCAAAUAUAAUUGGAGGCACAAUUACAAAAAAAUCAGAUUAUCCAUGGCAUGUGGGUGUAUACAACGCUACCAAUGAUAACAUAUGUGGAGGUUCAAUAAUUAGCCGACGAGUAGUGCUCUCAGCUGCCCAUUGCUUUGCCGAUCAACGUGGAAGAUUAUUUCCUGUUGAAGAUUAUAAGAUAGUUGCAGGCAAGUACUAUCGUAUCUACGGGGACCCUAGAGAUCCAGGAGCUCAAGAAUCUGCUAUAGACCACAUUUACAUUCCUGAAAGAUUUAAAGCGACCGAAAACAAUUACGAGGCGGAUCUUGCCAUCAUUGUUUUAAAAGAGAAAUUAAACGCUUCUAGUGACGUUCAAGCUGUGUGUGUUGAUUGGAGGAACCAAUUUGAACAGCAGCAACUCGUAGAAAAUAAUGUAGGAGUGGUUGUCGGCUGGGGUCAAACAGUCCUUGGUAGUGAGCCAUCUCUGGAAUUAAAAGAAUUGCAAGUACCCUACAAGCCGUACUCGGAUUGUUGGGAGCAAGUUCCUCCCGAGUUUAGGAAAUUUCUAACUUUCGACAAAAUAUGUGCCGGUUAUUUAUCUCAAAAACAAUCAAUUUGCCAAGGUGACAGCGGAGGUGGAUUGACUUUUCAAAGGAAUCAAAAUCGAUUUUAUAUUAGAGGCAUUGUAAGCACAUCUCCAUCAUCAAAAGAAACUGGAACUGUAACCUGUGAUCAAAAUCAAUAUGCUACAUACACUAUGAUAUCUAAGUACAUAGAUCUUAUAAGAAGAAUUGAAAAUCAAAAUAGAUCAUGAAUUUGCAUGCUUCAAUUUUGUAUUUUUAUAAUUAAAAAGGGAACCAAGCAAAACA